AUGUCUCAAGCAAACCUCACGCUCUCCUACUACGUCUGGGCUCCCGACAGCAAGGCUGGCGACGUCGCCCAGAAACGUCAGGCCAUCCUCGCCGAGCACACCGAGUGGAUCACUGCCCGCCGCGCGGAUGGAAGCGUCCUGUACGGCGGCGCCAUUCUUGCGAAGGACGUCAAGCUCCCGCUUGCCUCGAACCCCGAGAUCGCGGGCACCAUAUUGAUCGUCAAGGCGGAUAGCCAGGAGGCUGCGCGCAAGCUCGUCGAGCAGGAGCCCUACUACAAGGCCGGUGUGUGGGACACCAGCGACAUCAAGGUCGCGCCCGUCCUGUCCAGGGCUUAG